CCAUGGGGUACCAAGACCAGUCCCUGAACGUCCAGCCUAGAAAUUCAAACUGGCAGCAGUGGCACGAGCGAGUCGCCUCAGCUCCUCCCCCGAGGGAAUAGCGCGAUCCUCGGCCGUGGGCACCACUUGUGCAGCAUCAGUGGCAGAGCGCUCCUCCGGCUCCAGAUCGGCCGGGAUCCGGAGCUCGAGCGCGCCACGCCGCCUCUCAUCUGGUUUCUCCGCCGGGCCAGUCGCUUCUUCGGGCCAGACAGGCCGCCCAUCCUUUCACCGCUUUACGGAUUUCCGGGGGCGACGAAUUUUGCCUCGGUCCCUACGAGCAUCUCUCCGCUUCGCUCCCCCGCCCCUCGCGACUCCCCCCACUCCUGGGCGCGCGCGCGCACACUCACUCACACUCUCAGGCGCGCGUGCGCACGCCCGCGCGCCCCGAGCCGCGGAGUCUCCAGCGCCCCUGAGCAGAUCCCACUCUCCCGGGCGCUGCUACUCACACAGGCUUCCAGCCGCCACGGGGCGUCCUCUGUCUGCGGCAGCAGCGGCGGCGCGAGCGGAGGCUGCAGUCUAGCCGGGUCUGGCUGCUCGGCGCCCUGGACAGAGUCCGGCAGAAGCGCGAUCGGGAGGAGACGCCGAGGCAAGGAGGAGCCGCGCCGCGCCCGGCGCUCGCUUGCCUCGAAUCCCCGCACCGCGGCCCCAGGUCCUUGACAGCCAACAUGAUAAAGUAUUGACAAUACGCGGAGGAGAGAGAGAGAGACUCACAUCGCUCAGACUGUGAGUCCCAGAAGUUGAUGACCUUGUUUGGUGAUUGGGGGUGGAAGGAAGAACAGACCCCAUGGUUGCUGAUGGGAGAUCUUGUUAUUGCAAUGGAUUUCUCUUGCAGGAAUUAACGAUUUGCAAAACCAAAAGAAGCCAAAGCAGGACUGAACCGCACGAGAGGGAUCAAGACAGGAGUGACCAGCCACUGUAAGUGAGCUGGCUCCCAAGAGGCUGAACCUGUGUGCGGUAUAGAGAUCGUCCCUGUCAUCAUCAUCAUCGUUGUCAUCAACCAACAGUGUCGAAAGAGAAUGGGCUUCCUCUUGACACAGCACUGAACCCAAAGAGCUCAGAUGAGGGCCUGAUGGAAUGCUCCAAGCAUUUGGCAUGUUGGAGCCAUCCUGUCUUCCGUGGGACUUCCUUUGAACAGCUUCCAUAAAACACUUCUCUGCAUACAUUGUUUCAAUCAAGACCCGAAAGGACAGAUAUCCGUCUUCUUCUCCACAGGCUGUUUUAAGAGUCCAAUGAUCUCCGAGGGGACCCUCUGCUCAGCUGUCAAAGCACCCCGGCGCCCCAGGGUGCGUGCAGUUCAAUGGUAGAUGCGGCUGGAUUUGAGAGCGUUGCCCAGUGUCCACGGGAGCUUCAUCAGAUGAUGGCUGCAGCAGCUGAUGGUUUGGGGAGCAUAGCCCUAGAUACCACCCAGCUCAACAUGUCCGUCACCGAUCCCACAGCCUGGGCCACAGCUAUGAAUAACUUGGGCAUGGUUCCCGUGGGGUUGCCUGGACAGCAGCUCGUGUCCGACUCAAUCUGCGUGCCGGGCUUCGAUCCAGGCCUCAACAUGAUGACUGGAAUCACCCCCAUUAACCCGAUGAUACCCGGUCUGGGGCUGGUACCACCCCCACCCCCAACGGAAGUGGCUGUCGUCAAGGAAAUAAUCCACUGCAAAAGCUGUACUCUUUUCCCCCAAAAUCCAAAUCUUCCACCUCCUUCCACAAGAGAACGACCUCCAGGGUGUAAGACUGUGUUUGUUGGAGGAUUACCAGAAAAUGCAACGGAAGAAAUUAUUCAAGAAGUCUUUGAGCAGUGUGGAGAUAUCACAGCCAUCCGAAAGAGCAAGAAGAAUUUCUGUCACAUUCGCUUUGCCGAGGAAUUCAUGGUUGACAAAGCCAUUUACCUCUCUGGUUACAGAAUGCGAUUAGGGUCGAGCACGGAUAAAAAGGAUUCCGGCCGCCUGCACGUGGAUUUUGCUCAGGCCAGGGAUGACUUCUAUGAGUGGGAAUGCAAGCAAAGGAUGCGCGCCCGGGAGGAGCGGCAUCGACGCAAACUGGAAGAGGACAGGCUGCGGCCUCCCUCGCCGCCGGCCAUCAUGCACUACUCGGAGCACGAAGCUGCCCUGCUGGCUGACAAACUGAAAGAUGACAGCAAGUUCUCUGAGGCUAUCACAGUUCUGCUGUCCUGGAUCGAGCGUGGGGAGGUGAACCGGCGCUCGGCAAACCAGUUCUACUCCAUGGUUCAGUCGGCCAACAGCCACGUGCGCAGGCUCAUGAAUGAAAAGGCUACCCACGAGCAGGAAAUGGAGGAAGCAAAGGAGAACUUCAAAAAUGCCUUAACGGGGAUCCUCACUCAAUUUGAGCAGAUUGUGGCCGUUUUCAACGCUUCUACCAGACAAAAAGCUUGGGACCAUUUCUCGAAAGCCCAGCGCAAGAACAUAGACAUUUGGCGAAAGCACUCUGAGGAGCUCCGGAACGCUCAAAGCGAGCAGCUCAUGGGCAUCCGCCGUGAGGAGGAGAUGGAAAUGUCUGAUGAUGAGAACUGUGACAGCCCGACUAAAAAAAUGAGAGUCGAUGAAUCAGAGGCAGACAUUGAAGACUGUGCAGGAGACCCGGCGGAUCGUGGCUUGCAUUCUGCUGCCCUGGCUGCUCAGGCCUACGCCCUCAAAGAGGAGAAUGACAGUCUCCGGUGGCAACUGGAUGCCUACAGGAACGAGGUGGAGCUGCUGAAGCAAGAGAAGGAACAGCUCUUCCGGACAGAAGAAAACCUCACCAAGGACCAACAGCUACAGUUCCUGCAGCAAACCAUGCAAGGCAUGCAGCAGCAAUUGCUGGCCAUCCAGGAGGAGCUGAACAACAAAAAGUCGGAAUUGGAGCAGGCAAAGGAGGAGCAGUCUCACACGCAAGCGUUGCUGAAAGUCCUCCAGGAGCAGUUAAAAGGUACCAAGGACUUGGUGGAGACGAAUGGCCACAGCCACGAGGAUGCAAAUGAAAUCAAUGUGUUGACGGUCGCGUUGGUUAACCAGGACCGAGAGAACAACACUGAAAAGAGAAGCCAAGGUUUGAAAUCUGAGAAGGAGGCCCUGCUGAUAGGCAUCAUAUCAACGUUUCUUCACGUUCACCCCUUUGGAGCUAAUAUAGAGUAUCUGUGGUCAUACAUGCAGCAGCUGGACUCUAAGAUAUCCGCCAAUGAAAUUGAAAUGCUUCUGAUGAGGCUGCCACGGAUGUUCAAACAGGAAUUCACUGGUGUGGGAGCGACGCUAGAGAAGAGAUGGAAGUUGUGUGCCUUUGAAGGAAUUAAAACGACCUAACUGACGUCCAGGAGAGCUGGAAGCGAAACCGUCUGAAGCCAGCCAGGGCUGUACAGUACAGGAGCAGGAGGGCUGGGGUCUGCCAGCGUGGGACCUGUGCGGAGCCACCAAAGCUUUGUUCAGUGACAUCUGUGGCGUUUUCAUGUGCGUGGAAAUGUAAUUGUGUACCAGUUCCUUACACUAGACCAAGCCUCACACUAUGCCAGACCUGUCCCUAUGAAUACCAAGCAAAGAUUCCACAGUCAAUGAUCACAAAAUCUCAAACUAGGCCUUGCUGCAGAAUAGAGCAAAUGCUUACAGUUAAUGGCGCUGUAGCAAUGGUGGUUGCCAGGCUACAGUUAUGUAUGUAAUGUAUAGCUGACAACAUUAAAUGACAUUUUCCUGAUGGUCUUUCUGUUUUCGUUAAUAAAACAACAACAAAACAACAAAAAAGUGAUUUUACAGUGGGGGAAAAAAUCAUACCAAAAGAAAACUUGAAUAUGUGUUUGAACAGUUAUUGUAUUUUGUAAAUUAAGUUAUAUGCUGUUCCAGGGACUUUUGCCUUAUUGAAGAGGCAGAAAACUAUGAUUGGACUCCUUGAGAAUGCUUUAUCAAGGAUAUUAUUUUUCUAAUGUAACGGUUCUCCAUCGCGUAUUCUUUUCACAUGGACUGCAUAGCAAUUUUCAUAAAAUGUAAAUAGAAGGAACAACUGCUGCUGUCCCGUGCUUGGUAUGUAACAUUCAGGUUUAUGCAUUGAAAAAAACAUUCGGAAAAUAUUCCUGUUACAAAUUUUAUAGCAAAGAUAUUAAUUUUUUUCAAUAAAUCUUGACUUCUACCAUA